AUGUUUAGCUGCAGCACUGGGGGCUAUGCCCGGUUCCGUCCAAGACUGGAGCCAGAUCGCCCGAGAGACUUGGCCAGCUUACUGAUGGUGACCACCCGCUGCCAUUCUUGUAGCUUCAGAUGGCCGAUAUGCUCCAUGUGGCCAGUUGCCUCAGCGCCAAAGGCUUUGCCCCCACCGGCCGCAGCAGGCAGCGUGGAGGUGCGCUUUGAGCGACAAAGAUCUUUUCCUGGCAACGUGCUGCAGGUGGCGUGCGAGCUCCUCUUCACGAGCUAUUUUUUCUUCUGGCCAGUCGGCACUUUGGUGUGGUUGGCUCUGUCUCCAUGGGCUCUCGGUUGGUGCUCGUGGGCGAAGCUCUGGAGCUUUUCCGUGCUGUACACUGUGCAGCUUGUCGCACAUAGGCCGCAUUUGAGCAAGGGCUGGCCCUUCCAUUGGCUGCUCUACGGUCCUCUGGUGGAUUAUGUCCUCGGUUAUCACGAUGCCACUGUCAUCCGAGAAGGUCCAGCUCCAGAUCCCAAGGGGAAGUACCUCUUCGCCAUGUAUCCACACGGUGUCUAUGGUGUCUGCCGCGCCUUCUCCGGGGGAGUUGGUUGUUGGCGGACACUUUUCCCAGGCAUAGCCGCCCGUUGGGGAAGCUUCGGUGCAGCAUUCUUCCUCCCAGGCAUCCGGGAAAUGUCCCUUUUCUGCGGUUGCAUCGACGCAUCAAAGCCGGUGCUCGAGCGGGCCGUUCGACGAGGCGAGAACAUCAUCCUGCUCCCUGGCGGCAUUGACGAAAUGAACCUUACGGAUGGCGAGUCCAAGGACACACAGCUUGUGAUGACUGACCGAAAAGGCUUCGUGAAGCUUGCCAUUGAAAGUGGCAUGGACAUCAUCCCCGGCUUUUGCUUCGGGGAAAAGUGGAUUCACCACACCAUCAGGCUCCCGCACUUCAUUCAGAGGCUCCUUCGGCCGCUAAGGAUGAGUGGAACGUUGCUGCGUGGACGAGGGAUGACUCUCAUGGGAUUUCUGGAUCCUCCACUUGGCUACGUCUGGGGGGAGCCCAUUAAGGUGACGCAGCAGAAGCCAGUUGACGAGACGUACUUGAACGAGGUGCACCAGAAGGUAGCUGAUGCUGUCGUCGGCAUCUUCGAGAGACACAAGGCGCGCUUCGGUUAUGCAGAGGAAGAGACCCUCUCCCUCGUCAGUGCAGCAGAUGCCAAGAAAAAGGUCAUUGCCAAGAAGCGAGACUGA